UGCUGCCCGUCCCUUUCCUUCACUCUCCCUUAAACAGUCAAACCAGAAAAUCUUUCUUCUUCUUUUUUCUUUUUUUGGUUUCCCUCUUUUUCUUUCUUUUACACCUUUUACCCUUGAUUUCCGAGCCAUGAGUCUCUUCGGCCUUUGCAGAUGAUUUGCUGUUUCCAAGUAGAGGAAAGAGAUUAAGUGAAGUAUUGCAUCCAGAAGCAUCCCUUGCAGUUUCUUUUGUUUGUCUUUACAGAAAAGAAGAUGUGGGAAAGUCCCGUUUGAGUUGUUAUUAGCUGUCUCUGAUUCUGAGGGGAAUUAUUGGAUAGUUAUACUGUUCUCAUAUAGAAGGAAGGAGAGGAUGUAGUUGUCAUUAGAAAAAGAUAUUGAUUCUGGACUGUCAAGAUUCUGCUUCAAGGUAAUUAAACGUUCAUCAAGAAGGGUCAAUUUGGGAGCUAGUAUGAGUUAAGAAAUAGCGCAGCUAUUUGAGAAGUUCUUUCUUGAUUUUUGGCAACUUGCAGUCUCUGUUCAGGGUUGAGAGUAGUUAUCAGAAAAGGGUAAUCUUCUGUUUGGCAUAAACAAGAAGUGAACCUUCAUCAUUUGGUUGUGUCAUUGGAAAGAUGGGUUCAUUUCCUGGGCAUGUUCUUCCAGGAACACUAUUUCUUGUUGUAGGGAUAUGGCAUACAUGGUGUUCUAUUGUACGAUACGCAUUGAGCCCCAAAUCUUUCCGAGUCAGAGCAUGGAAUCCCGUUCCGGGAAUUGAUGGGAAACUCAAACAUUUGGAACUAUAUGUCAUAACGAUUGGAUCUUUUAUUGAUAUGUGUAUAGAGCUGCUUUAUUCUCCCCACCUCAAGUGGUUUGUUAAUGGAAUGCUGAACCCCAGUCACAUGAAUAAUUUUGAGCACGGUGGAAUGCUUCUCAUGUUUUUUGUCUUCGGCUUGAUUGCAUUGCUUUCUGAGAAAACAAGCUAUCUCCCGUUGCCAGAUGGAGCUUUGAGCUUGAUUGCUUCCACUGCAUUUUGUGCCGAGUACUUCUUGUUCUACUUUCACUCAACUACCCAUCAGGGACUUGAGGGAUAUUACCACCUUAUCCUCGUUAUCCUCAUAGGCCUGUGCAUUUUCUCUACGAUUGCUGGAGCCCUCAUGCCAACCAGCUUUCCCGUUGAUUUGUUUAAUGGCAUUGUCGUUACUCUUCAAGGCCUGUGGUUCUACCAAACAGCAUUCACUCUGUAUGGUCCAAUGAUGCCAAACGGCUGCUGGCUCAAGGAAGACAAGAUUGCAUGCCAUUCAAAGGAAAGUGAGAUCCGGGGCGAGCUGCUUGCUAACUUCCAGCUAUUUUCUCAAGUUCUAGGAGUUCUAGUUGCCACUGUAGGAGCUUAUUAUUUUGCAUACCCAGCAAAUGGUCACACUGAGCUCAGGAGUUCACAAACACUUGAGGAUGGAUAAGAUGGGCUUUCAAAUUGUAAAUCAAUUUUGUAUUCUACUCUAUUUUUCCAGACUUCUGUCCCACAAGGAGACGCAUAGAGAGAUAUAUACCGUUAACAGUUCUGAUCUUCAUUAUUGCUUGAAAGGAUUACGAAUCUGUUCAGCAAACAUUAGUUGAUUGUAUUCAGGUUUAGAUUAAGAUGAAAUUAGAUCUAGGUGUUUGUAGGUACAAAUAGAAUAGUGUUGACUUUCAUGAACUACAAGAUUGUGUAAAAGGUUGAAGCAGCCUGUUUCGUGCGAUUUGAACAUACUUAGCAUAUGUCUGAAAGAAAGAUUUUGACA